GUUAACCCCCGAGACCGUCCCUCGGUCAGCUCCGUCCUCAGGCGUCCCUUCCUGGAGAAGCACAUCAGCAAACACCUGGACCCACAGAUGAUGCAGGAGGAGUUCAGCCACACGGUGCUGCAUCGUAACAGAGCUGCAGCCUCGUCUCAGGUGGCUAAAACCAGAGCAGGAGCAGCAGAGAGGAGACACAAGUCCAGAGCAGCGGAGAGACCCGGGGCCACCAUGAAGAGACUUCCUGCUAGACCCCAGUGGAGGGUCCCGCUCAGAGGCUCCACCCCAGCCCACUACAGGCCUCCUCACCAGCGAGCUGCGGAGAGAGAAGCUGCAGCGCAGCAGAAAGAAAGGUUAAAUGGACGGCAGCCUCUCGGCCAUUAUCGGCACCUCUACGCCCAGCUGGAUGCCUUUCAGAGGAGGAACACGGAGGAUGUCCUUCCUCCUCCUCCUCCUCUUCCUCCUCCUCCUCUUCAGGAGAGAGAGCAGGAGCGAUGUGAAGAACACCCUGCGCUACCGUACCAGCUUGUUGCUGCAGCUCGUGAUGAAUACCUGCAGAGGAGACACGAGGCCAACCAGUACAAGCUGAGAGCAGAGAAACAGCUGGGUCUGCGUCCGUGUACGGCCGAGCGCAACAGGAAGCCCAGCGGUCAGGAGCAGGAAGUGGGACAACCUGAACACCAACAUGCACCUCAGGACCGGAGGCAGGAGGGACAGCAGGAAUACCUGCGUCAGCUGGAUGCCAUCAGACAGCAGUAUCACCAGGAGAUGAGACAGAUGAGGCUGAGAGCCGAGGUCCAGCAGCCACAACACAAACAAGGAACCUUUGUGGUGGAGAAACCCAGAGACCCAGAACCUUCUUUAGACAGCGAAGAGCAGCAGGGAGCCCCACCUGCUCAGGACGUGGAAGCAGCUCUGAGGAAGAUCAGAGAGGAGAACAAGGAACAGAGGAGAGCACUGGAGAGAAAACACAAAGACAAGAAAGGAAUUAUGUUUGAGAUCCGGUUGGAUGAGGAAGGGAUGAAAGGGGACGGAGAGAAGGAGAAAGAGAAGGGGAGAGAGGAAGAGGAGAAGAAAGAGGGAGAUGGAAGACAAACAGAGGAAGAGGAAGUGGACCCCCUGAACCAGACCCUGAGCUUCCAGGAAGGGGAGGAGUUGAAGCUCAGGGAUUGGUCGGAGGAGAGGAGGGGGUGGAGCCAGAGGACUCCCCAGACUCUGCUGGACGCGCUCGCCAACAUGGAUGUCCACUCCGUCUACAACACCGCCGCGGUCGGGGCUGAACGAGGUGUGGAGGUGGCAGGUCACAGGCAGUGGGUGGACGGCCCCCCCAACACCCUGCUGAACGCUCUCGCUCAGGCUGAACUCACAUCCUCAACUCUGGACUCAGAGACCACAGAGGCAGAGAAGGACAGAGCAGAAGAGGAAGAGGAGGACUCUGAUGUGGAGAUGGAUGAAGAGCGUCUGGAGCCGAGAUCAGACGAUGACGACACGAACUUUGAGGAGUCUGAGGACGAGCUGAGAGAAGCGGUGGCGGACUCCAUGAACAACCUGUUCGUGAUGGAGGACGAGAGCUCGGAUGAAGCAGAGCGCACUGAGGAGAGGGUGGUGGCGGCGUUGGCGUCCGACGGGACGGAGGAGAAUGAGGGCGGAGGCGCGGAGAGCGCAGCAGACUCUCCACAGAUCCAACAACAGGAGGCCGACGUGGUUUCCUCUGAGCCUGCAGAACGAGACGCUCAGACCGAGAGCUCAGACGAUCACACGACUAAAGUAAAGGCCAACUGAUGUUCGUUUCCAUCCUGUUGUUAGGCUCAGUGUUGUAGUCCAGUCACCACCUGUCGAGUCCGAGUCAAGUCUCAAGUCCACAGCGUUCGAGUGUCCAAGUAAAGUACGGAAAUUUGUGUUUGGUAGAUUAUUUCUCUGUGGUAACUGGGGCUGCCACCUCUUAGUCGAUUAGUCGAC